UCAAUGGUUGGGGAGCUGUUGUAGUUGGUGGCAAGUGGUUUGUUGAAGAUUCCCAAACCCUGCCUUCUUGUGCAAUGUAGUAGAGAGCUCAGAUGCAUUGGCAACUGUAGCAGAGAACAAAGCUUCGGGGAGGUGGGGUGGAGCAGAUUAUUGCAGAGCCCCCUCAUUCUGCAGGGGAAUUCACUUACCUAACUAAGACCCAGCCACGAAUAGAAGUCAGUCAUUAUUUGAUUCAGUGGGAGAUAAAAGGUGCCAGGCGACGGAAUAUCCAGUGAAAUGACAGACUGCAGCGUCAGUAGAAGGAGCGGUCCGUCAACAGAGUCCGGCUUUUGAUUAAUCCCCAGCCCUGACCGUUCCUUGCCAAGGUACCAGUCACUCGGAGACUGCGUAUGUAAGAGCAGAACAAGAGAUAUGGGGAUUGUCCAUCUAUUAUGUGUCGUCACUGGCUGAGGCUCAACUAAGGACUGCUUGACAAGCAGCGGCAGAAUGUACAAGAGGAAUGGCCUGAUGGCCAAUCUGAAGGUCACACCUGAGGCCAGCAGCAGUUCGGACUCUCUCGAUGGGCAAUAUUCAGAUUAUGCUAUGAAAAGCUAUGACGCAGUUGUAUUUGACGUAUUGAAAGUUACUCCAGAGGAAUUUGCUAGCCAGAUCACUUUAAUGGAUGUUCCAGUAUUUAAAGCAAUCCAGCCUGAGGAACUAAGUAGCUGCGGAUGGAACAAGAAAGACAAGCAUAUCCUGGCACCAAACAUCGUUGCAUUCACCAGAAGGUUCAAUCAGGUCAGUUUCUGGAUUGUUCGAGAGAUCCUGACUGCUCAGACGUUGAAAAUAAGAGCGGAAAUAUUGAGCCACUUUAUAAAACUCGCCAAGAAACUGCUGGAGUUGAACAACCUCCAUUCCCUCAUGGCCGUGGUCUCUGGCCUGCAAAGUGCGCCUAUCUUCAGGCUUUCCAAGACCUGGGCUCUGGUCAGUCGGAAAGACAAAGCCACCUUUGAGAAGUUGGAUUAUCUGGUGACGAAAGAAGACAACUACAAGAGAAUGCGGGAGUUCAUCAGCAGCUUGAGAAUGGUCCCCUGCAUCCCCUAUUUGGGAAUUUACUUGUUGAACUUGAUCUACAUUGACUCGGCCUACCCAGCGUCCGACAGCAUCAUGGAGAACGAGCAACGGUCCAAUCAGAUGAACAACAUUCUGAGGAUCAUUUCGGAUUUACAAGUUUCAUUCAAUUGUGACUAUCUGGUGACAUUGCCCCAUGUGCAAAACUACUUGAAAUCUGUGCGCUACAUCGAGGAGCUGCAGAAGUUUGUGGAAGAUGACAACUAUAAGUUAUCCUUGAAGAUAGAAGCGGGGAACAGUUCCCCUCGUUUGGUCUCGUCCAGAGAGGAGCUCGCAGGUCCCUCGGAGGUUUCGGCGUCGGUGAGGUACAGCCGGAGACCAACGUGUCCGGACACGGCGGUCACAGGGAGCCCCGGCACUCCCCCCGUGCCCAGACACCGCAAGAGCCACAGCCUGGGAAACAAGUGUUUUCUCUCCUCCAGUGUGAUGUGCCAGCUGAGCGUGGUGGAGAGCAGGAGUGCCACCUUCCCCACCGAGCGGCCUCGCCACCUCCUGGACGACAGCGUUCUGGAAAGCCACAGUCCCGCCAAGAACCAGGAGGCCCCCAUUUUCGCCAACGGAGUGUCCAUCGGGAGCAGUGAAAGUUCCGAGUUCAGUGAAGAGCACUCUUCAGGAUUAGAGAGGAAUCGGCUGUAUUCAACGCUGGGCCCAAAUUGGCGGGUCUCAGCGAGGAACUCUCCACGGGAUCGCGGCAGUGCUCACAGUCCUACAGACACCUGCAGUUACCACUUGAGUGGCACAAACGGGACCAUCACCAUCGAAGGGCUGCUGCGGAGAAAAACCUUGCUGAAGGAGGGCAAGAAGCCAGCAUUGUUGUCGUGGACUCGCUACUGGCUCAUUCUCUCUGGGUCACUCCUACUGUAUUACAGCGCGAAGUCCCUCAGAGCCACCGAGAGGAAGCACUUCAAGUCGUCGCCCAGCAAGAAGGUGUCGGUAGCGGGUUGGAUGGUGGUUCUCCCCGAAGACCCCGAACACCCAGAUAUCUUCCAGCUGAGUGACCCGGAUAAAGGAAAUGUUUACAAGUUCCAGACCAGCUCCCGGUUUCAUGCUAUACUGUGGCACAAGCACUUGGAUGAUGCUUGCAAGAGCAACAGGCCACUGUUACCCACCAACCUUAUGUCGUUUGAGUGAACAUUUGGAGACCGCACACAAGACGUGAUCAAAGUGCCAACCCAAGCAAUGGGAAACUAAACUAUUAAGUGGAUUAAAAACGAGGGAAAGUGAAGAAACAAAAAAAAAACUUACAAGGAAUAAUUUGCCCGACUGCCAGCGUUGAAAACAGAAGCACUUUUUUUUUGACACUCUUACUACCUGACCCCCCAGAAUGAUUUUGGUAGGUUUUGAAAAAAAGGAUGUGAUCCCGGACUGCUCCCGAUUACUAGUGUUGGCCGUGGAGAUUGGGCAGAGCUUUGUGAAGAGGACAGUGUGACCAAGGAACUGUGUGUGUGUGUGUGUAAUGACUGCUGCCGAAAACAUUUUUUUUUAAAUGUUUGUUUUUUAUUCUUAAGCUGCUUUAUCGUGAACAAUUUUUUAGCCCAUGUUGGGUAUUAACUUUCUUAUGCACAAAUCAAGAUACUACUGACAGUAUUAACAGGCUGCGCUGAGUGGUGUUUAAGAGGAGAAAAGAAAAGUCAGUGAACGAGUGUUUUUAACAAAAAAAAAGAAAUGCACUGAAGGGGUUAGACGCACUGUCUGCCUCUGCAUCGGUGACCAGUACGCGAGUUGUUCCAGCAUUUCUUGCAUGGUGUACUCAUAGUGACUUUUGAGCAAACCCAACAGAUAUAGGCCCCCACUGCAUCCCAGCCCACAAUGUUGCUAUCAAAGGUAACCUGACCUUGUCUGCCAGUAUUCCAAAGAGGUUGGGUUGGUGUUCAGUCCAGCUUAUUUUUUCCCAGCAACACGUUGCAACUCAAAUCAUUCUCUCCACUGGCGUAGACAACAUCCGCCAUUCUGCCUAAAUGCCAAUAUUUUCUGUUUUGUCCCAGAUUUCCAUGAUUGGAGACUCCUGUAUCCUUGUCUUCUGCCAUUCUACUGGCUUCCAGCACAUCUAAUAGUAUUUUCAAUUCCCCCAGUAUCCAUUUUGUGGAACCAGUUUGAAUGAUUUCCACAUAAUGUGACAGUGUAAUCGAGGAUAUACUUCAUUUAUGUAUUAUUUAAAGACUGUAGAAAAUAGACAAGGAUACAAAUCAUAAAUUGAGUUCACAAUCCAUGCAAAUGAAACUUGAAUGGAUUUUCAUUAUUAUUUGAAAAGUAUUACAACUUGAACAUUGUUCCAUGCCCAUUGUGUUUAACUGCAUGUCAUCGUUUCCACUUAAAAUAUUCUAUUUAUGAAAGAUUUUUUUUCCCCCUUCAAAUAGUAUGUCUGUAACAAUUUGGGCACGCCCCAAGGUGACUUCAUCCGUUCACACUGAAUCACUGGUCCUUCAGUAAACAGGUCAGGUUCCCUAUGAUGACAAGAUAUGGGUGGUUUGCGGGCGUUCUGAUGGACGCUCUCGUUUUCCGCACCAGAAUCACAAGCCUUCCCCACAGCCCUCCCCAAGCAUUGUAAAGUAACUUAGAAUUAAUUAGCGCGUAUAACUUAAAGCACCUGCCUACAGAUGAAGCUCUGCAAAGAAUGAUUUCUCGUGUCCCUUCCCCCCCCCAAAUCUUCAACGGGGACUAGACCGAGAAUGACGAUAAGCAAGUGAUUUUGCAGCUGGAUCGAGAGGAAGAUCUUUAAGCUGUCGUUUAUUCCUCCCUUUGUUUCAAAAGGUACCUGCAGCAGGCUGAUGUAGAUUUGAAAGGCCUUUUAGUUUGCUUGGCGUUAUUGUGAGUAGUGGGUGUAAAAAAUAUUACUGGCCGUGUACCUCUGCACUAGUGUUCUCAGUUUUAGACUAUGUGCCAAGCCCUGGGUUCUAUGGAACCUGCCCCUGCAGA